AUGGUUUCGAUCAUGCAAGGAGAAAAGUAUGCCAAUUUACUGAAAACAAUUCCACUAUCAAGUGACACUGUUCAUCGUCGUAUCAAUCUACUUGCUGAUGAUAUCAAAAUACAACUUAUAGAUCGCGUGAAAGGGAGUCCCUAUUAUGCUAUUCAGCUGGAUGAAAGCACUGAUGUAGCUAAUGUAGCUCAACUUUUGAUAUUUAUCCGAUACCGAUAUGAAAACGACAUAUGCGAAGAUUUGUUAUUUUGUCAGGGAUUAGAAGGAAGAACAACCGGUGAAGCAAUUUUUAAUGCAGUUAAUACCUUUUUUGAACUCCAUGACAUAAAGUGGGAAUAUUGUGUAUCUGUGUGUACAGAUGGCGCAGCUGCAUUGACCGGCUCCAAAACAGGAUUCAAAGAAAAGUAA